AUGCAGCUGGCCAACGAGUUUCGUGAUGCCUACAGCAUUGCUUCAGGCCCGGAUCUCGCCGCGGUCUUGACGCCAAUUGCGACCUCGAACGACCCAGACCGGUUGCGGUCCUUUUACCAGUACACGAACAUCCAAUACCUCACCAAAGACCUCCAAUCCAACCUGUUCCACGGCAAGAACCUAAAAGUACCAAAAGCCGAACAAAGUGCUUGGGUUGACAUCUUCGCGGCAUACUGGGAAGCUGUGGGGGAGGUGCUCAAGUGUGAGGGCCAGCACCCUGGGGCUAGUGCAACCGCUAUCUUCACUGCCUGGAAGAAGGUUGCCAAUGCUCUUAUCAAAGGUUACGCCGGCUCGAAUGGACUCCCUGCAUGGACACUGCCGUGUUUGUAUACGGUCGGCAAGUUCUUGCGAACCUUUGCGAUCAAGGCAGACUUGGAGGUUGCGGCACAGGGGUCCUCGGGCUUUGGUUUCCAGGAUGAUCUCGCAGUGGAUGUGGAGAAGAAUGCGAACCUAGAGGAGGCAGCCCGAAUUAUCAAUCGGAUGUUCACCCUAUGUUUGAGUGAUCGCGCCCCCAUUGAGGAGUCGCGGAAGUGGGGUAUCUAUGAGACCACCAACCUGCUGUUCAAGACAUACUUCAAGAUCAACUCGGUUGGCCUUACAAAGAACUUGCUCCGGGCUAUCAACGCGCAAUCCCAUGAGCUGCCACCACUUGACGCAUUUCCAAAGUCCCACGUCGUCACAUUUGAAUACUAUCUCGGAGUUAUCCACUUCUUGGAUGAGCAUUACACACAGGCCGAAGAACACCUCACCACUGCUUGGAGAAUGUGCCAUCGUGAUGCUUACAAGAAUCGAGAGCUGAUCCUCACAUACUUGAUUCCUUGCCACCUGGUCACUACCCACACUCUCCCCAGCAAUCAACUCCUUGCACCAUUCCCCCGUUUAGAACAGCUCUUCCGCCCAUUGUCCAAUUGCAUCCGCAAGGGUGACCUCGUUGGCUUCGACCAGGCGAUGUCUGCGGGGGAAGCAGAAUUUGUCAAGCGACGUAUCUACCUCCCGCUGGAGCGUGGACGUGACAUUGCCUUGCGCAAUUUGUUCCGGAAAGUGUUCAUUGCUGGUGGAUUUGAAGAGCCCAAGGAUGGCCAGCCACCUAUUCGGCGAACCCGUGUGCCCGUGGCUGAGUUUGCGGCUGCGUUGAGAAUUGGUACACACGCAACUAGUCGAACACGGGUGGAUAUUGACGAGGUCGAGUGCUUGUUAGCAAACCUCAUUUACAAGGGUCUUAUGAAGGGCUAUAUCGCGCGCGAACGCGGCAUGGUCGUUUUGAGCAAGAAUAAUACCGCUUUCCCCGGGACGGGUGUCUAA